AUGCCCUCGGGAUUUCGUCGACCGUGGAAGUCCUUGCAGAAAGGCCGUCUUCAGGACAUUUGCCAAAGCCGAAAUGGAAGUGUUAUUUCAAAUGGGCCUUCAAGAGUAUACCCCAUUACUGAACUCUUUGUCGGAAUAAAUUCCUCGCGUUCCCGGGCCAUCCCACCACAAGUUCGCACGACCGGAGGGCCGACCACCCCCGGACCGCAGAAGGCGGAGGUAGUUAGGCAGCUAUUCGCGGGGAUAUUGCGCGGUAUGCGGCAAGAGCAGUGCCCCUCCCGUUUAAUGAAUAUCAGUGCGUGUUCUGCCCUUUCCUCCGAGUCUUGGUCUUCCUUUUAA